AUGGCAAUGAUUGCAAUCAAAGUGAAAGCCAAAGUACCGGGAAGUAUACACUCAGACCUGAGAAGAGAGGGUGUACUCAAACAGGAUAUUUACGUACAAUAUAAUGAUAUCGACUAUCAAUGGGUUUCAUUAGAUAAUUGGACUUUUGUGAAGACAUUUACUGUGGAUUCAAAUAUAUUAAACAAGAAAACUGUUAACUUAUUGGCCAAAGGCAUUGACACUAUUAGCAGUGUUUUUAUAAAUGAUAAACUAAUUGGCAAAACAAACAAUCAAUUUGUUAGAUAUAAGUUUAAUGUUAAAGAUGUGCUAAAAGUAGGACUAAAUACUAUACGAUUGGCUUUUCAAUCGGCUCCGGCCUAUGCUUUACAACAAUACACAGAUCAUCAAAGAAAAUAUAAUUAUACCAUUCCUUCAGAAAAUAAAUAUGAUUUUAUUCGCAAAAUGGCCGCAUCUUUUGGUUGGGAUUGGGGCCCUUCUUUCCCGACUCAAGGUAUUUGGAAAGAUAUUGGUCUUGAAUUAUACGAUACGGUAAUUAUAAGGGAUAUAGUAGUGGAAACCAAACCCCUCACCAAAUCUAUGUCUAACUGGAAAUUAAAUUUGAAUGUAUUUCUUGAGUCAAUAGCAGAUCAAGAUAAAGGAGAGGUUAGUGUAAAGAUUGAAAUAGCAAUUCCCGAUAAUAUUCCCAUAACUGUUUGGUAUCCCAACGGUGUUGCAAAUGAUACACAAAAAUUGUAUAAAUUGAAAGUUAAUGUAUCUCUUGUGGACAACAAAGAGAUAUCGUCACAAACAAAGAAAAUAGGUUUCCGAACCAUUCGUUUAAUACAAACACCGAUUCAACCGAAAGGUUUGACAUUUUAUUUCGAAGUAAACGGAUUACCGUUUUACGCAAAGGGAACCAAUUGGAUACCGGCUCACAAUCUACUCGAUGCUGUCACUGAUGACUAUAUCAGACACUUAUUGGUGUCGACAAAGGAGGCCAACAUGAAUAUGAUGCGAGUCUGGGGCGGAGGUGUUUACGAGACAGACUAUUUUUAUGAUUUGGCCGAUGAACUGGGAAUUAUGAUUUGGCAGGACAUCAUGUUUGCCUGCGCUCCCUAUCCUUCAAACCCAGAAUUUCUGGAAACAGUUGACGUUGAAGUACGCCAACAAAUAAGGCGUAUCCAAAAUCAUCCGUCUAUUGCCAUUUGGUCGGACAAUGUACGACCGUUUGUAAGUUCGAGUCCAUCGAAUGGUUUGCAAGCAAUUAAAGAAAAUUACACGUCUGGGUCACCCAAUGACUACCGUUACGGUGAUAUACAUUUUUAUGAUUAUAACAGUCCAUUGUGGGACUGGAAAGUGUUUCCCAGCAGUAAAUUCGUCUCUGAAUAUGGUUUCCAAUCGUAUCCAUCAUUGGAAACGUUAUCUCAAGCUUUUUCUGCCAAUGACUUUACAUACCCUUUAAGUAAAGCCGUUGAACGCCGUCAACGAAAUGUAUUUGGAAAGGAAUCGAUUGAGAAGAUGAGCGGCCGAUACUUUAAAAUGCCAUCCAAUGGAAACAUCGAUCGAUUCAAUGAUUUUGUGUAUUUAUCGCAAAUAACUCAAGCCAUGGCUAUUAAAAGUGAAACUGAAUUUUAUCGCCGAAAUCGCGAUAUUGAUAAUCAAACUGGCAAUGGAUAUACUAUGGGUGCCCUGUAUUGGCAGUUGAACGACAUAUGGCAGGCACCCACCUGGGCUUCAAUUGAAAGCACUGGCAAAUGGAAAGUAUUGCAUUCAUACGCCAAACAAUUUUUCGACAAUCUAUUGGUAGUGCCCUUUGAAGACAACAAUCAACUCAAACGAUAG